AUGAUAAACAAAGACAACAUAAGUAAAAUAAUAAAAAAUAAAAAGCACAGUUUAGAAGAUGAAUGUAUAUUAGACAACCAAGUGCAUACAUUGACUACUAAUAAUAUACCAAAUGCUAAUAAUAAUUGCUUUAAUGAGAACAAAAAGAAAAAAAUAUGCUAUUUAUCAACUCAUAACACUCCAUCAGAUAAUUAUAAUAUUUUUAAAAACAGUGAUAUUAUAUGUAAUUUAUUAUCUUUUUUAACUUUCUCCGAAAGAUGGAAAUUUAAGUUAUUAAACAAAUCAUUUUAUAAAGCAUUUAAUACAAAAUAUGCAUGGGCAAAUUUAGAUUUUCGGUUUAUUGAUAUAGACCUAUUUAAUUUUGAGUUUAUUAAAAAAUAUAACAAGCUAUUUUUUAAUACAUUAUCUUUAUCACUAUCAGUUAAUGGGAAUGAAAGCAUAAAAAUGACUAUCGAUUUAAUUAUAAAGCAUUUUAAAUAUUUAAAAGAUUUACGUGUAUAUUUUAGAAAAAAAAAUACUAACUUUAUAUACGAGGGUGUUCAUCCAGUAGUAUCCAAUAUACUAAAUUGCAAAAUGAUAAAAGAAAAUAAAAAAGAAAUUUAUAAAGAUAAAAGAUUUUUAUGCAAUAGAUUAAAUGAUAAUAAUAAUAAUAAUAGUAACCUAAUUAAAAAUAUAAAAGAUGAAAAUGAAGAAUAUAAUAAAAAAGAUAGGGAAAAUGAUAAUAAUGACACAUAUUAUAAUAGGAGAAAUGGAGAAAUUAAAAAAAAAAAAAAUUACAAAUUAUAUCUCAAUGAAAAAGAAGAUAAAAAAAAUUAUGCCUCUUCUAAAUGUAAAGGAAAAGAAAACGGGGUCCCUCUUUUAAAUAACAAUUCUGAUAACAACAAUGAAGAAGAAAAAGAAAUAAAAUCAUCAAAAAAUAAUGAUAAAAAUAUUUUUUCCUUAAAAGUGAUACAAAGAGAAAAUAGUGACGAUUAUAACAUAUCAUCUUGUGAUUUGUUAGAUUCUGAUUUAGAAUUUAAUAAUUUUUUUUUAGAAAAUUAUUAUUAUAAAUACAUAGACAAUAAAAAUGAAAUAGAAGAUAAUGUAAAAUCAGAUGAACUGCUACAAAAAUAUAUAAGGAUUAUAGAAAGUAGAAAAAAAUGGAAAACUAAAAAUUUGGAAAUACGUAAUAAUUUUGAAAAUUUAGAGAGAUUAAUAAUAGAUGUUGAAUUGAAGGGAGAAGAACUAUUAUGCUUUGUUGGAAAAUUAAAUAAUUUAAAAGAUAUUAUUAUUAGUAAAUUAUUAUACUCUAAUAAAUUAAAUAGAUCACAAAAUAUUAUCAUAUUUACAUGUUUCAUUGAAAAAAUGAGACAAAAUAAUGUCAGAUUAAUACAACUAGGUCUUUAUUUUAAACAUGAAUAUAAACCUGUAGAUUAUUUAAAUAAUGAAAAAUUUCGAAAAAUAUUAAGUGAAAGAAAAGAAUAUGUAUAUAAUAUUAAUAAAGAAGAAGGUGAUGAGUUAAUACACAUUUUACAAAAAAAUCAUUUAAAUUCUUUAUAUUGCUUAUGGAGUAAUGAUCUUUUUAUAUCUUUUGAAAUGUAUGAGCAAAUCAAAAAUUUUCAUAACUUAAAAAUAUGGAUACUUCCAGGUUGGCGAGCACUAUCCCUUGCAAAACAAUAA